AUGAAUUUUUUCAUCAAAGCUUUACUGUGCGCUUUUUUGGUGAAGGCCAUUGCAAAAUCAGCGGUCCCCACAAAAAGUGGUACUGAUGCUAGAAAACCACAGUGUAACGUAAACAACUACUUUUAUGCCGGACCGAAUACUAAGAAGAUCGAACAACAACUGGCCGAAAUCAGAGAAGAAAUCAAGGCGCUCAAAGACAACCGAACUGGUGGUGGCGGUUCUAGCGGCAAAGGUAUUUCUUUGAACAUCGUCCCUCUUUUCACUGUCUUGUAGCGCUCUGAUCCUAGCGAUUCACUACUUUCUUUUAAGCGCGCUUAUCGUCUGCAAACGAUUCAUCACUUGACUGUGUUUCGGUUCACGGCUUAACAGCAGCUCGGAGGUUUUACGACUUUUAAAAACGGCCUACUUGCUGAUGGGCAAGCGAAAUAAGUACCAAUGAGUGCGUACAUUCAUCUUAUAUUGGUCUUUAUUAGCCCCGGUUCAACGAGGGUCGUUUUAAACUUUAGGAUGAGUAAGUAAAGCCCACUAUUCCAUAUCCACUGUGGAAAAGAAGAGCCCAAAACCAUCAGCAAGAGAAUAAUAAGCUGUUCAUAAAUUUGCGUAUAAGUAUCCAAUAAGGUUAAAUAUAGGACUGUCAUAUCAUCAUAUCACUAGUACAAGUCUCGUGCGGAAAUUCACACCAAUCCGAUUUUCGCUACAAUUUUCUUUUUCCAAUAGUCGUAAGCUUUACACUGGCCAUUCUAUUUUCAGUUUACAAGAACUGUGCCGAAAUUUACCAGUUCGGUAUAAAGAUCAAUGGAGUGUACAAAAUCAAUCCUGAUGGUUUGGGCGAAUUUGAAGUGUACUGUGAUCAGAAAACUGCUGGUGGAGGUUGGACAGUUUUCCAGAAGAGGCAAGAUGGCUCUGUGGAUUUUUACCGCCCUUGGGAUGACUACAAACGAGGCUUUGGUAAUCUGAACGGCGAGUUUUGGCUCGGACUGGACAAGAUUCAUCGCCUGACUGUAAGCGGCAGUUACAAGCUUCGCGUGGACGUAGAAGAUCUUCAUGGCAGUACAGCAUUUGCACAGUACAGUUCAUUUGCUGUGACAAGUGAAAGGGCAAAAUACCAAUUGAGUUUGGGAAGCUAUUCAGGUACGUUAUGACACCCCGGUGUGUGAUUUCAAGCCUAAUAAAUCGAACAUGAAGCUCAAGUAUGAGAAAACAAGCGUUUUAUAACUUCUAUAGUUCGUAAUAACUAUUAUCUAGAUCAUAUUGAACAGAUGAUUACUUUGCUUGGACAGCAAACCGCUCAAUCAAACACCUUGCCAGCAACUCAUAUGAAAAACUAGGAUGAAAUAAUUCACGGUGUUGUUGUUGUCUGAUCGUUUUUUUAAGGUACCGCUGGAGAUUCCCUUGCGUAUCACAGAGGAUAUCCAUUUACCACCAAAGAUCAUGACAAUGACGGCAACGGAAGUACUAAUUGUGCUGUGGCAGAUAAAGGCGCCUGGUGGUACAAUAAUUGCUACUACUCCAACCUGAAUGGUUUGUAUCUUCACGGCAAGGUCAAUAAUCAAGGAAUGGUGUGGUACAAGUGGAAAAAAAACUACUACUCUGUGAAGAGAUCUGAGAUGAAGAUACGUCCAAGGGAUUUUUAA